AUGGCCAAAGGAAGCGGCGCCGCUUCCUCACCUCCUGCCGCAUCAACACCUGCUUUGAAGCGUUCGACUUCCAGCACGCAGAACAUGAAGAACCAGCGGUCAAUCUUGGGAUUCUUCCAAAAAUCUUCUCCGGCUACUCCUUCGACAGCACCGCGCAAAGCACCACCGCCGGCAGAACCUGCGUCAUCCCCGGCACAACGCGCCGCCGAUACCAAGUCGUCUAUCAAGAAGAAGCCUGCACAAAACUUGACGCCGGCGCCGAGUAGUGAUGUGAUUGAGCCGGAUGAGGAUGACUCGGCUACCCCGAAGGUCAGCAAAAAUGCACAAGACGAUCAAUCCUUAACCCCGUCGAGGAGGACGAAGAAGAAGGUAAACUAUAUGGAAUCCGAUAGCGAAGGGGUGGACGAUGACGAAGAAAUAUUCCGACCCCAGCCGUCUCGAAAGAGACGUAGGCCAGCCAUUGAAAGUGAAGAUGAGUUUCAGGAUGAUGGAAAAGAUGCUCAUAUGUCUGAAGACGAAAUGGAUGAUUUCAUUGUGGAUGAAUCGGAAGAAGAUGCUCGCCCAAACAAAAAGAGAAAGAAAGCGGCCGCGAGACCUGCGCAACGCAGUAAAUCCUCGACCGAAGAGCCCGUCCGCCCGGCGGAUGCGGAUUUUGACUUGGACAUUCCUGAAGCGACAGCAGGAGGUACUGCACAGAAAUGGACAUAUGAUCCAGAAAACACAGAACCCCGACAAGAGCGACAACAACGAGAACCCUCAUCAAACGGAACAACAAAGCGCAAAGAAAAGGCACAUGAAACCGAGCCGGAGAAAAGAUAUCCGUGGCUGGCUAAUAUCAUGGACAUGGACAAAAACCCACCUGGCCAUCCUGACUACGACCCUCGUAACAUUUAUAUUCCACCUUUGGCGUGGAGUAAAUUCUCACCAUUUGAGAAACAGUACUGGGAGAUCAAGCAGAAAUUCUGGGACACUAUUGUCUUCUUCAAGAAGGGCAAGUUCUAUGAGCUAUACGAGAACGAUGCUACCAUCGGGCAUCAGCUGUUCGAUCUAAAACUUACCGAUCGAGUGAACAUGCGUAUGGUCGGGGUACCUGAGAUGAGUCUAGACCACUGGGCAAAUCAAUUCGUGGCCAAAGGUUACAAGAUUGCACGGGUUGAUCAAUCAGAGUCUGCAUUGGGCAAGGAGAUGCGUGAGCGCGACGAUAAAAAGGCUAAAGUUGGCAAGGAAGACAAGAUUAUCAAGCGAGAAUUGGCGUGUGUUCUUACCGCUGGAACACUAGUUGAAGGCUCUAUGCUUCAAGAUGACAUGUCAACAUACUGUGUUGCUAUCAAAGAGAUUAUACUCGAUGGACUGCCGGCCUUUGGUAUUGCAUUCGUCGAUACCGCCACUGGUCAAUUCUACCUCUCCGAGUUCAAAGAUGAUGCGGACAUGACCAAGUUUGAGACCUUCGUCGCCCAGACGCGACCUCAGGAGUUGUUGUUGGAGAAAUCUGCUGUCAGCCAGAAAGCGAUGCGUAUUCUGAAGAACAACACAGGUCCUACAACCCUUUGGAAUCAUCUCAAACCAGGCAAGGAGUUCUGGGAAGCCGAUAUUGCGGUGCGAGAACUGGAUGCUUCGGACUACUUCGUUUCCCCAGACAGUGAUAAUAUCAAUGCCUGGCCUCAAGUUUUGCGUGAGGCUCGCGAAAAAGAAAAUGCCAUGUCGGCAUUUGGUGCAUUGGUUCAGUAUCUCAGGGUCCUCAAGCUUGAUCGUGAUCUGAUUUCCAUUGGCAACUUUACAUGGUAUGAUCCAAUCCGCAAGGCUACGAGCUUAGUUCUAGAUGGCCAAACUCUGAUCAAUCUGGAAAUAUUUGCCAACUCAUUCGAUGGUGGUUCUGAGGGAACCUUGUUUCAGCUUCUUAACCGCUGCAUCACCCCGUUCGGCAAGCGCAUGUUCAAGCAAUGGGUUUGCCAUCCAUUGGUGGAUAUUGACAAGAUUAACGCUCGCUUUGAUGCGGUCGAUGCCUUGAAUGCUGAUUCGACUAUCCGUGACCAAUUCUCGUCCCAACUAACGAAGAUGCCAGAUUUGGAACGACUGAUAUCUCGUAUCCACGCUGGUGCUUGCAAGGGACAAGAUUUUCUACGUGUUCUUGAAGGCUUUGAGCAGAUCGAAUAUACUAUGGGCUUGUUGAAAGACCUUGGAUCUGGCGAAGGACUUAUUGGCAAGCUUGUCUCGUCUAUGCCAGACUUGGUGUCGCCACUUGAAUACUGGAAGACUGCCUUUGAUCGACUCAAAGCUAAGGAGAAUGGCAUACUCGUUCCCGAACAAGGAAUUGAGGAGGACUUUGAUGCUUCCCAAGCGACCAUUGAACAGAUACAUCGCGAUCUGGAAAAUCUUCUUAAGCAGGCUCGUCGUGAUCUUGGAUCGACCGCCAUCUGUUACAGGGAUAAUGGCAAAGAGAUCUACCAACUCGAGGUCCCAAUCAAGGUCAAGAAUAUUCCCAAGACUUGGGAUCAGAUGUCGGCAACGAAACAAGUCAAACGUUACUAUUUCCCUGAACUGCGAGCACUAAUCCGCAAGCUUCAGGAGGCACAAGAGACCCACAGUCAAAUCGUGAAGGAAGUCGCGGGCCGAUUCUAUGCACGUUUCGAUGAGGACUAUGAGACUUGGUUGAAGUCAAUUAGAAUUGUAGCACAAUUGGACUGUCUGAUUAGUCUGGCCAAAGCUUCGUCGUCUCUUGGACAACCAAGCUGUAGACCUGAGUUUGUGGAUAGUGAGCGGAGUGUGCUUGAAUUUGAAGAGCUCCGACACCCAUGUAUGUUGCAGAAUGUGACAGACUUUAUUCCCAACGACGUGCAGCUUGGGGGUGAUAAGGCCAGUAUCAAUCUGUUGACUGGCGCAAAUGCAGCCGGUAAAUCCACAAUUCUUCGUAUGACCUGUGUUGCUGUCAUUAUGGCUCAGGUUGGCUGCUACAUACCAUGUCAGAGCGCUCGUCUCACUCCCGUCGACCGAAUCAUGUCUCGACUCGGUGCAAACGACAACAUCUUUGCAGCUCAAUCAACCUUCUUUGUUGAGCUGUCUGAAACGAAGAAGAUUCUUUCCGAAGCAACACCUAAAUCAUUGGUGAUUCUCGACGAGCUCGGUCGUGGUACCAGCUCAUACGACGGUGUAGCCGUCGCUCAAGCCGUAUUGCAUCACAUCGCAACCCAUGUCGGAUCACUCGGCUUCUUUGCAACCCAUUAUCAUUCUCUUGCAGCCGAAUUCGAGAACCACCCCGAAAUAUCCCCGAAACGAAUGCGCAUCCACGUCGACGACGAAGAACGACGCGUCACCUUCCUCUACAAACUAGAAGAUGGCGUAGCCGAAGGAAGUUUCGGUAUGCACUGUGCUUCGAUGUGCGGUAUCCCCAACAAAGUGAUUGAGAAUGCAGAGAACGCUGCAAAACAAUGGGAGCACACGAGCCGAUUGACGGAGAGUCUUGAACGUCGUAAAGGCGGUGGUCUCGUCGGACUCGGGUGGUGGAGUGAUGUAGCCUGGAUGCUCCGCGAGGGCGACAAUGUCGAUGUAUCCGAUCGAGGACUGGAGAUUCUUCGCAAGGCUAUUGAGACGUUGUAA